UUUCUUGGAAGACGCGGGUUACUUUCCUUUUCUGUGUGCAGAGAGAAAUUGAGGGUGGGGCACUGAUGCAAACGCACCCAUACAUGAAAUAGAAUCUCAAUUCAAUUCCUCUUCCUCUUCCUCCUCCUCUGUCCCUAUCAAUCUCUUUUGUAAACUUCUCUUUGGACUCUUCCUUUUGCAUCAGGCUUUCUCCCGAUACUCCUCCCUUCUCUGCACCCAACGAAAAGCACAAUUCUUUUUCUCCUUUUCGAUAACCCCAUCACACAUUCUGCGUCUAAAAUGCCAAAAUAAUACCCCCCUUGUCUUUUCCUUCUUGGUGGGCUUCCUCUAGGGUUCUCCUUUUCCUCUCCCUUUCGAGCUCUUUUCUCCACAAUUGGACAAAACCCCUUUUGUUCACAUCAAUCGCACAAGACAAUUCCCUGUUCAAAAUCCUGACUAUGUCUCUAGGGUUUGUGAACAAUCCUCAAAAUCUGUUUCCCAUAUUGUGGAGGAGUUCCGGAAGCAUCUAAUACUGUAGUUAUUACCUAAAUAUUAUUACUCUUUGAUCUGCUUCAGUGUGUUCUUUCUGUUUCAGGUGUUGUUUUUGUUGUUUCCAAGAUAGCAUAGCCUCUCUUUGAAACAUGGGUUGUGUCCAUGGCAAGUCUUGCUGUGGCGACAGUUCUUCAUCAGAUGAUGGUUCUAGGGAUUACCGAGAACUUGGCUUCAUUCAUGGCCACAGGAAGAACGUGCUCGCUCAGAGAUCAUUGAAGCAUGUUCCUGUUCCUUCCCACAACUUCAUUUUGGAGUACACUUUCCUCAGUCAGCGGGGGUACUACCCUGAUUCACCUGAUAAAGAAAACCAAGAUAGUUUCUGCAUCACUACACAACUCCAAGGUAACCCCAAUGUCCAUUUCUUUGGUGUCUAUGAUGGGCAUGGCCAAUUUGGUAGCCAGUGUUCGAAUUUUGUUAAGCAUAGGCUGGUUGAGAAGUUGUCAAAUGACCCUGCAUUGUUGGAGGACCCUGUUCAGGCUUACAAUUCUGCAUUCUUGGCAACAAAUCAAGAAUUGCGUAGUACUAGUGAGAUUGAUGAUUCUAUGAGUGGCACCACCGCGAUUACGGUGCUUGUUAUUGGUGACACUCUUUAUGUUGCUAAUGUUGGUGAUUCAAGAGCGGUGCUGGCUGUUAGGGAUGGGAAUCACAUUGUUGCCGAGGACUUGUCCUCUGAUCAGACGCCAUUUCGGAGGGAUGAAUAUGAGAGAGUGAAACUUUGUGGGGCAAGGGUGUUGAGUGUUGAUCAAGUGGAAGGGCUAAAGGAUCCAGAUAUCCAGCAUUGGGGUGAUGAAGAGAGUCGGGGUGGCGAUCCUCCAAGAUUGUGGGUUCCUAAUGGGAUGUAUCCUGGAACUGCAUUUACAAGGAGUAUAGGGGAUAGUUUGGCAGAGACAAUUGGUGUCAUUGCUAUUCCGGAGGUGAAAACGGUUCAGCUUACACCUAAUCAUCUUUUCUUUGUUGUGGCAAGUGAUGGCAUAUUUGAAUUCCUGACAAGCCAAACUGUUGUUGAUAUGGCAGCAAGCUAUAUGGAUCCUCGUGAUGCAUGUUCAGCUAUUGCAGAGAAGUCGUAUAAACUAUGGUUGGAACUUGAGAACAGAACAGAUGAUAUAACAAUCAUCAUUGUUCAGAUCAAAGGUACAUCUGGAGUUGGAUCCGAUGAGAUCAAUGGUGGGGGUACUGUAAUGAAUUCCAGGACAGGAACUCAUGAGAUAUCUGCUACCCCUGGAUCUAAUGUUUAUCGUUCUGUCAGAAACAGUUUAUCCGAUUUGCACUCCUGUCAGCAUGUGGCUUCAGUGACGAGCGCAGCGAUAGAGGUUCACUCUCCAGCAUGUCCAAGACCAAUUGAAUGAUGAUUGAAGAGAGGCUUUACUGAAGCUUCAUCAAGUCUCUUUGCAGUUUCUCCCAAGUGGUACAUUUCCACGUUCCAACUUCCUGAGCAUUGUGCAUUACUGUUGUACAUUUACUGGUCACUACAUUUUAGGCUGCCAACUUGCCAGCUUAAGGUGCUCUGCAUUAUCUUGGCAGCAAAAGGAAUUUUCAGAAUGUAAAAAUCACAGUUGGUAUUUGGUAAAAUUCAAAUUUCAUGCAGAAACCAAACCCCUCAGAGGAGAACACUUGUGCUCACCUUCCUGUGACGCAAUUGCACCUCCACUCUACAGAUUUGAUCUUUGGAAGGGGAAUCAAUAACGAGCUUGAAAUAAAAGGAAGGUGGUAUACAAGGAGCUGUGACUGUGACUAUCAUUUGCAAUGGAUCGUUGAAGAAACUCAUAGGAUGGUCGAUGGUAAACUUGGGAGGCAGACAGAUGCUACUCAGCAUUUAAAUUCAUUGUCCUCAUUAUCAUGUAGAUGUGGAUCAAACCUUUGUCUGGAUUGUCGAUUGAUAGAAUUUCAAGAUUAAUUUCAUAUUGACAAAAAAGAGAGAAAUUACGCGUCCUUA